GGGGAAAGAAAGUUGCAAAGAGUUGCUGGCGAAGUAGACAGAAAGAGGAGACUAGUGAACUUGUUUGAACAAGCUGUGGACCAGGUGUGCUCCUCCUCUGCCCAGCACGGUGUGCCUAUUCCUGGGUAGAAAGAGCAAAACAGGCCCCUCUGGGGCUGGAUCAUGGGACAGAGCCUUCCUCUGGAGACCCCAGCUCAGGACCAACACCAACACAUCCACCGCAGCGUUGAUGAAGUUGACCACCUGCACACCACGACGGAGGGAGAUGGGGACAGCACCCCUCUCCCAUGCAAGGGCAAGGGCAAGUUCUCUACCCUUGGCAAGAUCUUCAAACCAUGGAAGUGGAGGAAGAAGAAAAGCAGCGAGAAGUUUACGGAAACUUCAGAAGUUCUGGAGAGAAAGAUGUCGAUGAGGCGACCGAGGCAGGAGCUUAUAGAACAGGGAGUGCUGAAGGAGCUCCCGGAGAAUGGUAAGAGUGCUGCCACUGGUGAUGUCACUCACUCACCUGAUCCCCACAUGACUCAAUCAGCCAGUUCCAGUUGGCUCACUAACCCUUCCACUUGCCCCUAA